UAGUAGUUAGUGUACUUGUCUAGUAAGUUGUCAAUGCAUUAUUCUAUCUUGAGCCAUGGCCUAUGAACAACGAUAGAAAUUUAUAAUAUUAUUAGAAUCAAAGACUGAGGACGUGUUCUAUGCUAUUGUCAUUUUUUAUGUUAACAAGGUUGAGGUACCUAUUAUACCUAUACUAUACCUAACUAACUAUACUUUACUACAACAGUCUUGUCUUUUGAACAAUAUCACCAUUCAUUGUUAUUAUUAAUUUCAAAAUUUUAAGCUUACAAUGGAGUCAGUCCAUCCAUUAACAGAUGUUUUUCGAUAUGUUGAUGAUCAUAAAAACAAAUUUGUGGAAACAUUAUCCCAGGCAGUCUCAAUUAAAUCCAUAUCAGCUGAUCCUGAAUUGAGAAAUGAAGUCAAUAAAAUGAUGCAAUGGGCUCAAGCAAAAUUAAAAGCAUUAGGUGCUGAUGUUGAGCUAUGUGAUAUUGGCCAACAGACAUUAAAUGAGAAGAAAGUUCAACUUCCACCAGUCUUAAUAGGAGCAUUAGGUAAUGACAAAUCUAAAACAACAAUAUGUCUCUAUGGACAUUUAGAUGUGCAACCAGCUGACAUUUCUGAUGGAUGGGCUAGUGAACCAUUUGUAUUAACUGAAAGAAAUGGAAAAUUGUAUGGAAGAGGUUCUUCGGAUGAUAAAGGUCCAGUUCUUGGAUGGCUUCAUGCUAUUGAAGCAUUCCAAAAUACUGGAAUUGACUUGCCUGUUAAUUUAAAGUUUGUUUUUGAGGGAAUGGAAGAAUCUGGAAGUAUUGGAUUAGACGAACUACUGAUAAAAAAGAAAGAAUCGUUUUUGAAGGAUGUUGAUUAUGUGUGCAUAUCAGAUAGUUAUUGGUUGGGGACAGACAAACCUUGUUUAACAUAUGGACUCCGAGGUAUGUCCUCUUUUUUUGUUGAAGUUGAAGGUUCCAGUAAGGAUUUGCACAGUGGAAUGUAUGGUGGAACAGUGUACGAAGCAAUGUCAGAUUUACUAUACAUUCUCAAUCAAUUGGUUGAUGUAAAAGGUAAAAUUUUAAUACCAGGGAUUGAUGAAGGAGUAGAACCAUUAUCUGAAAAAGAAAAAGAAUUAUAUGAAAAAAUAGAAUUUGAUGUAGAUGCAUAUAUUAGUGAAAUUGGGGCAUCUAAAUCACAAAAAGAAACUAAAGAAGAACUAUUAAUGAGUAAUUGGAGAUAUCCAAGUUUAUCAGUUCAUGGAAUUGAAGGAGCAUUCUCAGGCCCUGGAUUUAAGACUGUGAUACCUCGUAAGGUAACAGGAAAAUUUUCCAUUCGAUUAGUGCCAAAUCAAAUACCAUCAAGAAUCACAGAAAUAGUAAAAAACUAUGUUCAAAGUGUUUGGGAAAAACGACAAAGCCCUAACAAGUUCAAAAUAUACACAGUUAAUGAAGGUGGUAAUCCCUGGAAGACAGAUCCAUUCAAUGAUCACUUUUUAGCAGCUCACGAAGCUACUAAAACUGUAUACAAUGUUGAACCAGACUAUACAAGAUGCGGUGGAUCUAUUCCUGUUACAUUAACUCUACAAGAAGUUACUGGUAAGAGUGUAAUGUUGUUACCUAUGGGUGCUGGUGAUGAUAGUGCUCAUUCACAGAAUGAAAAAAUUGAUGUACGCAAUUACAUUGAAGGAACUAAAUUGAUGGCAGCAUAUCUCUAUGAAGUAUCUAAAAUAAAACAUUAAGUGUGAAAUGUAUAGUUUAUUUUUACCAUUUAUUAAUAAAUUUUUAUAAAAGAAUAUUAUAUUUUAUAAUUAAUAGUAAGAAAAUAUUUAAUUAUUCAUAUAUGGAAUUGUAUUGUAAUAUAUUUACAUUUAUUAUUAUUGA